UACUUAGUGUAGAUAAUGGAAAACGUAAUAAACCGUCAGUUAUUUUUGACGGAGGAGAGAAGAAAAACGUUUAAGAAAUGGCCAUUUAAUGAUAAGAAUAAGUGUAACGCACGAAAUAUGGCCGAAGCCGGCUUUUAUUCCGUGGCAACUGGCGAGGAUGAUGCUGAUGCAGCCAAGUGUUUUCUUUGUGGUAAAGAGUUGGAUGGAUGGGAAGCGAGUGAUGAUCCUUGGGAAGAACACAAGAGCCACGCUGCAAAGUGUGCUUUCGUUCAACUGGGCAAAAAAGAAGACGAUUUAUUGCUCUCAGAAUACUUGUCCGUGGUAAAGCAGUACAUGAUAAAUGAAAUAAAACAGAUGGCUGAAGAGUCCAAGAAUAAACUUGAUGAGAAAUCCAAAUUUAUAAGAAGAAGGUGUUUGAGCAAAAAGUGAAAUGACCAAAACAGUUUAGUCUAUAUUCGUGAUAUUUUUAUAGUAAUAUUUGGUAUUUUAAUACAACUGUAAUACAUGUAUGUCGAACAGCGCAGAACAGUGCAACAUACUUCAGAAUAAAAACUGAAUGAAAACUCUAAAAAAUAACAACUUUUUUACAAGAACAUUUUUGGAUUUAAAGUUGAAAUCCAAAAACGAAAUGCUUUUGCUAGCCCGCUUAUAAUAGCACACAAUUUAUUUAAAAUGGCAGUCUCUGAUAGCCUCAAAUAUUUUCACUCCAUACAAAAAUUUAAGUGAUGCGCAGGUAUGUUGAUGUAACUUUUAAGAGUGGUAAUAUUGCAGAUAAUUAAAGACAGUGUGGUUCCCGGCACCAUUAAAAAAAAUAGGACCACUCUAGCUCCUUCCCAUGGAUGUCAUAAAAGGUGACAAGGGGUAGGCUUAUAAACUUGGGAUGGGCUAGCGACAUGUCACUAUUUGAAUCUCAAUUCUAUCAUUAAGCCAAAGAGCUGAAAGUGGCCUCUCAGUCUUUUCAAGACUGUUGGCUCUGUCUACUCCACAAGGGAUAUAGACAGGAUUAUAUGUAUGUAUUUAAGACUUGAACUUGGCAUGAAGACACAUAAUUGAUCAAGAGAAAUCUGCCAUACAUAACAUAUAUAUGAAAAAUAUUUAUGAGUUGAAGCAUAAUAAUGUUUGGAAACUGACAUCACAACCAAGCCCCUAUGUAAAAAAUAAAAACUGUUUGUGCUUUCACCACCAUGUAUCUUUUUAGUAAAUUUUGCUAUGAGUACUAAGGUUAUCUUUUGGGCCAAACGGAAACUUCUGUAUUUUACUAUUGAAGGAGGUCGAGUGUCCGUUAUAUAUGUAUAAAACUGUUUCAGUAAGAAGACAAAUCUGAAAUGACGUCAAGUACUUGUCGGUGAAAGAUUGUAGGGUUAGCAAAAAAAAGUAUUUGUAAAAGUAUUUUUUAUCAAAAUCAAUAAAAAAUAGAUGUAUUGUACAUUGAAUGUAUUAUAAAAAUUGAUACAAGAAAAUAAUAUAAAGCAAUGAAGAAAAGGUAAUAGAGUCAGAAUUAAAAAAAAUCUAUCAGAAGGACAAAAUCAACAUGCAAAACAAAACAAAAAAAAGCUGUUUUUUUUUUCAUGCAGUACCACUGUGUGUGAGUAAAAACGGCAAUAGUUUGCAAGUGGUGGUCAUGAUUUUGGCUGCUAUUUCAGAUAAAUUUCAUACGUAACAUAUUUUGUGUACUUUCUAAGUUUUACAGAAAUCAUUGUAAUGUCAAAAAUUCAACUUGUAAAAUUGUAAUUGUUAUGACUGAUUUAUGAGUGCCUUUUGGACACUAUCUUUGACUUUGUAAUCAAUUUUAAUUAUUAAUAAUGUUUAGAAUAAAUAUGGAUUUCUUAUUAAAACAUUUAUUUACAUACAUACAUACGGUCACGUCUAUAUCCCCCGCGGGGUAGACAGAGCCAACAGUCUUGAAAAGACUGAAUGGCCACAUUCAGCUAUUUGGCUUAAUGAUAGAAUCGAGAUUCCAAUAGUGACAGGUUGCUAGCCCCUCGCCUAAAAAAGAAUCCCAAGUUUGUUAGCCUAUCCCUUAGUCGCCUUUUACGACAUCCACGGGAAAGAGAUGGAGUGGUCCUAUUCUUUUUUGUAUUGGUGCCGGGAACCACACGGCACAUUUAUUUAUUUGUAAGAUAACUGAAUUUCAACCCCAUCAUUCAUUAGACCAUCCAGCUGAACAUGUUCUCAGCUGAACACACCUUCCAGUUUUGUCUUCUUGGAUCUGUCUACCCCAUCCUACUAAAUUUAUCAAAGCAAAAGUUUGUAAGAAUGUGUGGUUUUUGUUAUUCUUUCACGCUUAAGCUUCUGAAUAGAUUAAUAAACUUUGCAGUACUAUGACUCUCUUGUUACAAUAGCAUAAUAAGUUAAAUUUUAUAGACAUUAAGAGCAGACGGAAUCGCGGGCAACAACUAGUAAGGAAUA